UUCGUCGGUCGCAUGUUCCAUUAGAUCUGCACCAGUUUCGAUUGUGUUAUACGUUCCUGCUGGCAGGAAACGGUCGUUUCGUGUCGGCGAUCAAGUGCACCGAACUGACCUCACAGUGUUAAUAAGGAGUUUUUCUCUUGUUAUCUCGUGAAAUUAAUUUUUAGACGCAAAAGUAAUGUAAAAGAUGCUGGUCAAAAUAAUUCUUGUCCUGGCGAGCGUAACAUUAUGCGCAUCGUCGAAUCACACCCUCCUCGACCAAAUGCGCGCUGACUUCAUCCAUCUGCAAACGGAACUGUGGAACUACGUUCUGGACUUCGAAGGAGUUGGCGAGAAAGAGAACCAGAGGCCGGAACUACACCUCGUCCAGAAAUUCGAAGAUUACGGCGAUAACUUAGAAAAGACCAUGGGUAGCCACGAUUCUUACAAAGAAGCGACGCAAGUGCUGGAAGGGAUAUGGGCUUACAACGUGAUAGGGUCGGAUUUGAAGAGCAUCGAGGCCCUUUAUGGCACAUUCAGACGGUUCCAGAACCUACAAACCGCCCCGAACAAGAUCCCGUCUCCCAAAGAUGCUUACAAACAGUUCGCUGAGUUGGUACUGUUCGAUCCCUUGAACAAAGUCAGCGAGGCUUUCAUUAGGAUGGAGGGGGUUAUCAGCAAUCAAUUUUACAGAAAAGUUGCCGAGGAGUUGGAUGGGUUAGUGUGCGAGACAAAGAAUCAGUCGGCGCAACAAGUUAUUUAUAAUUUGUACAAUUCUAUUGCGCUGACUGAAUUGAAGGGAUACACAAUGAUUCAGUUCUCAUAUAUGAUUUUAAAAUUGUAUAAUGAAGGUAACUAUUUAAAGGAGUCCCAACUCCAACAAGAACGAUUCGAAACCAGAACGAACUUGGCCAUAUCAGCUGUUAAAUCUGCGAUGCAAGAUGUCUCUCGUGAUUUGUACCGUUGCGAUCCUAAACGGCACAUUAAAGGCCAAACUUACGAUGAAGUCACCCAACUAAUACAAGGUUAUCUGCAAAAUGAAGUUGACAUGAAUCCCUAUGCUACCUGUAGAGAAAAUUGUGCGGAGUACAAGUACACAAAAAAUUAUGGUUGUUUCAAGAACUUGUACUGUCAGAAACAAAGGACCUGUAUGGGAAAAAUCCUCAAUUGUCAAUUUGUUGAUUCCGACAUGUGGGUUUGCCCUGCUUCUGCUUACAGUGGAAGAAGAUACGAGUACAUCAAAUACGAGAACGGGGACGUUUUGGGAAGAGAUGAAGGUUGCAUUCGGGGCACCACCAAAGUGGACAGUUGGUGGCGUUGGUUGUUUUGGCACUGUUCUUACUGCAUGUGUCUUUGUGACGAAGCCGGUCCACAAUCCGAUAGGUUCUUCAAUCUUAGACCCGCUCUCUCCAAUAUUACACACAACAAAGUCGUAACAGGAUUGAGGUUUAUUAAAGUAAACAGAGUAUUCCAUAUGCAAAUCCAGGAAGGUGUCCUCAAACCUUACGGCAAAAUCGACGAAGACACGAUAAGAUGGGUACCAGUAAGCGCGUACAAAAUCACAGAUAAAAAUGUGCACAAUGGUAUAGAUUACCAUCAAAUGUCUUGGGAGAAACGGGCGGUGGAUCUGGACGAUUUGGUGGCAGACAAAAACCACAUCGUAACCGGCGUUAAAUUUAAGAUGAUCGGUUCCCAUUUGAACUUCGAGAUCAGGAUUACACCAUUCGAUUUCAAGAACGGAACGCUCAUCGAUCCCGUUAACAAGAGCGUAUGGAAGGAUAAUCCAAACACGGAUUCAAGCUUGAAAAACCCUCGGAAACGAUUGAACUUAUAUAAACCGGACAUCCCAACUCGUUCCCUUUCACCAUCAGUUCCGGACUCAAGUACGGACCAAUACAUUGAAUUCGUCAACACCGACUUGCAUAAAGAUGCUGCUCAAACAACAGUGCCAUUCAUCGACAUUCAACCAGUUCAGUCGUUGAUUCCGGGCCCCUUGAGCGGUGCCGGAAUCUUUCACAAGGGCAGACCCGACUUCGGGGGCUUUUUAGCUCCCAAAAUUAUCACGUACGAUUUCAGUGAACACUUAAAGGCGAUAUUUCCCGAGGAUGAGUCUCCAGAAAACACCGUGUUGCCGGAAGUCGAAGCGAACUGAUGUCGGUACAUAAAAUAUGAAAGAGUUAACCAAAUGUUAUGUACUGUGAUUUAAUGUAGCCAUACGAAUAAUAGUGUUUAGUUUUAAUUCUAGCCGGUUCAUCUGAAUUUGGUUAUAGUGUGUACAUAUUUGUAUUUAUACGAUUGAAGUUACUUUUAUAUGCAUAACUUUUUUAGUCAUUAAAUAAAGAGAUACAAUAUA